CCCCCUCGCUGGUGUUGUUAUCCCGGAAGCAUGGCAGCCGGGGGCCGGAUGUGACGCCACCCGGCGAUGGAGGAAGAGGAGGCCGAGGUGGGGAAGAUGAACUCGGAUCGGUGCCGCUUCCCGUACUGCGUCGUGUGGACGCCCAUCCCCGUGCUCACAUGGCUGUUUCCCAUCAUUGGUCAUAUGGGGAUAUGUACAUCAAUUGGCGUAAUCCGUGACUUUGCAGGGCCUUACUACGUCUCUGAAGACAAUAUGGCUUUUGGGAAGCCUGUGAAAUACUGGAAGCUGGAUCCCAGCAAAGUAUAUACGUGUGGUCCUAAUGCCUGGGAUACUGCGGUGCAUGAUGCUUCUGAGGAAUACAAGCACCGUAUGCACAAUCUCUGCUGUGACAACUGCCACUCACAUGUCGCCCUGGCCUUAAAUCUCAUGCGGUACGACAACAGCAAUUCUUGGAACAUGGUCAAACUUUGCUUCUUUUCCUUGUUAUAUGGAAAGUAUGUAAGCAUAGGAGGCUUUGUGAAGACCUGGCUUCCGUUCAUCCUCCUUUUGGGAGUUAUCAUAAUAGUCAGCCUGACUCUUCACUUACGAUGAUGGAUGACACCAACCUUUCCAUCCCUUUUUAAAACCAAGUGUCAGAAAUGGUGGCUUUUUCGUGGGAGAAGCACCUGGAGCCUGAGAGCCCUUGUGAAAGAUGUCUGCUUGUUCUUCCAAAAAACCAUUGCCCCUUCGUCCUGUGGGACCUGUUCUUUCUUCCAUAGUUCUUCCCUUUGAAUGUUCAAGAAGGAAGAGGGGGAAACCCUUGCUCCUUACUUCUGCGAAAGCACGCUCAUGACUGGAAAGUCCCAUGUGGAAAUACACUACAAAGACCUGGGGUUUGCUGGAUGUGCAAGGGCUUUGUUCUUCUGUGGUAGCUGCUGGAAUUGGUUGUAAGGUUCCCUAAUCUCUCAGGGAAAAGUUCUUGAUGACCAUUGUGAGUGGGUGGGUUGUAGACGGUCUUGCGUUGCCUUGCACUUUACAUAAGAAAUUGCAAUUUUCUUGGGUGCAGCACUUUCCCCCAAAAUUGUGGUAGUCUUUAAAUUAAUGAAUGACCUCAUUAUACUUGGCAGAGUUGGCAUUGUGUCCAUUAUGGGACUCAUUUUAUUGCUAGUCCUUCAUGGGCUCAUGCUGUUGCAUUGCCUUUCUUGUUGCGUAAGUUCCCAAAAAUUAUUUAGCACCAUUUCCCUUAAGAGCAGUUGAAUGUUCUUAAGUCUCCCCCUCCCCCAACUGAAAUUGUCAUUGGCCCAGGCUUUCUGACAGCUGCCAUUCACACAGCUGUUCUCAGCUCAUAUUUUACUGUGUUCUGUAAAGGUAAUAAAGACCCCUGUAUAGCUGACAUAAUUCUCAAAAUUCUCCUAUGUAAAAGGGAGAGAGAUCAACUUCUUGAUUAAACUGUCUGGCUUUUAAAAUACAGCAUUGUGCUGCAUUGUGCCUUGGACAAUGAUGUCUAGAAGCAACAUCUGGCUUUGCUCACCCAGUUAGCAGAUGCUAGGUUCUGUAAACAGGUAACUGGUUCUAGGUUCACAUUGUUCCGUUCUGCGUAAUUUAGAACCAGUAAAUCAUUGUCUUUCUUCCAUUAGUCUUCCUCUGUCUUCCACUCCUAAACUGAGAUCAUUGUGGCCUGUGGUUUUGAGCAUACAAAGGGAAGUCCCUUUCGUUCCCUAAAAGGCCACAUUUAGACCAGUCUGUCCUCUCACUUCCACUGUUUUUCUCAUGUUAAUCGUCAUCCCUUCUCUCCUCUUUAGCGUGCGUGCACAUAUAGAAGCACUAAGUGCUUUGUGGUGUGCUAGGAAAGUCAAAAUCCACUGCUUGUGGUGAUAUGAAAAUAAUUAAACAAAUUCAAUAUAUAUAUCACAAUAACAUGUAUCCAAAAAACAGGACUGUCCCAAUCGCAUAUAAGUAGAAAUCGGCGGUUCUUCUCUUGAAGUAUAAGGCCAAGUUUUUCAUGUGAGUAAAUGUUCUGUUCUUUAUUAUAUAUGAAAUUUUUUUUUUGUAAACUUUCUUUACAAAUUGUUUGAUUGCAAGUAUAUAUAUGUGAUAUGUAUUAUUUGUAGACCCAACCACCUGAUGAAGACUCCUGUGAGUUGAAACCGGUUGCAGAUUUGAGUUAAGUUAUAUGGGAACUGGAGUCUACUCAUAUAUAAUAAAGAACAGAACAUUUACUCACAUGAAAAACUUGUCCUUAUACUUCAAGAGAAGAACCGCCGAUUUCUACUUAUAUGCGAUUGGGAAAGUCCUGUUUUUUGGAUACAUGUUAUUGUGAUAUAUAUAUUGAAUUUGUUUAAUUAUUUUCAUAUCACCACAAGCAGUGGAUUUUGGUCUUCACAGUUUUAGGGGAACCCAUUGUCCUUUUAGGUGCUAGGAAAGUCACCAGUGUUGCUACAGCCCAUGCUUGUUGUGCAGCAGGUACUCUUGGUGUCCUUUGCACAUCCAGUCGUGUGGAGCUGUAGGAAGCCGAUCAAUAAUCUCUUGGCUGAUUGGAAGUCAAAGGUCUUACAUCAAAGCGAAUCGCUUACAAUGUAUCAUCAAGCAAUCCACAGGCCACCUCCCUCCCUCCUCUAAAUAGGGAUUCUGGUUCUUAUAGAAAUAAUAGGUGGAGGUCAGUGAGCUGAGAAAAUCCCCGCUCCUUUUCUUUUCUCCGCUGCUCUUCUUUUACUGUGACUUGCCAAAAAGAGCUGCAGGAUGCCCAAACACGUCUCGGACUUGGUGAUCAAAGCCAGUUUUUUUUCCUGCUGUAGCAAUCAAUAGCUUCAACUUGUGUUUGAGUCCAUUAAAAAGUGCUUUCCUCACAUUUUGCAAUUGCACAAGUGUUGCCAAAUCUCAAGGCUGGCUGCAAGAGCAGGAGGAGCAAAGAGUUUCAAAACGCCACCUCCUUUCCCCCGACUCAGGUUGUUAUAUUAUGUGUUUUAGAUCUUGCUUAGACAAGAUUAAACAAUGGGGAAACAAAUGUGACAUACUAACAGGUGUGAUGCUCAUACCUAUUCAAAGGCCAAGGUUGCAGGUGAAGGGAAAUCUGUUUUCUUUAUGCUGAAAGUUGAAUCUGGCUCCGGGGGUUUGCAAGUUUUGCAAAGUUUUGCAAGUUGUUAAGGCUGGCCAAGGUGAAUAUACGAGUCUGGUUGAAAUCAGCAGUCUUUUUGCCAUACAGUACAAGAUACUGUACUUAAGUGCUUUUGGAUGACUGACUUUAACCCUUGUGACAAAGCAGUGGUGCAACUCUUUUAUUGCAGCCCUGCUUAGGGUUACUUGGUGGUGCUAUGAGGUAGUAUAGUGUCUAAAACCUGGGAGUUGAUCAGUGCAUGCAGUGCAAUGGAUCUCUGGUGCAUGCAUGUGCUUGCACAUAACCAUUGUCUGCAGUUUCUCUGCAAAAACCUUCUGAUUGUGCAGAUGCCAUGACUAUCUGGUGCAAUGUCAUGGUAUGCUGUAAUCUGUGCACAAAUUUCACAUUUGUAUUGGCGUCUCCUGAGUACAAAUUUGAAGUAAAGUGCUUCUUAAAGAUGUGGUCAUUGAUCUUCCUGGGGCAUUUUAGUUUUGUUUCAUUCCUUUUUAAAAUAUUUUAGGCUUCUCCUCUGUUGCCCUUUUGUUUAAACCUCUCUGUUUCUGCAGCAGAGCUGCACUGUGUUCCCACCUGGGGCUUCCUCUCCCCUUCGACUGGUGAUGAGCUCGAUGGGCCUCUAUCCCUUGAGUCGGUUCUCCAAGGGGUGCUGGAUUCCUUUGUACGUACUGAACUCGGCUGCUGUGGUUUCAAAAUCCUAGUGGUGAAAAUAAAUACAUUUCUGUGAACGUC